CCUAUUCUAUGUGGGAGAUAGCCUAUUUUAGUCCGGGGUUCGCUUCUCCCCUCGCAUACCAACCUUUCUUCUUAUACCUCCGUGAUACUACAGAGGUAGAGCCCGCGGGGUGGUUAGAAAACUGCAUGUCCCAGAGAUCGCGGCGGCAACCGAACUUGAAUCUAGGAAAGGGGAACAUGGCAGCGCCGUCAAGCCAGUCAUGUACAGCUCUGGAGCGGUCAAUCCGGGAGCGGGUCCCGACGCUUCUCACGGACCUCUACCAGUUCACCAUGGCAUAUGCCUACUGGCGUUCGGGCAGGCACAACGAGCCCGCCGUUUUCGAACUGUUCUUCCGCGACAAUCCGUUCGGCGGCGGCUUCUCGCUCUUCUCCGGAAUGCACGACUGCCUCCUGUUUCUGCGGAGCUUUCGAUUCACUGACGAAGAUGUGGAGUACCUGCGUUCCGUGCUGCCCCCAGCCACUGACCCCGCCUUCUUCCUGUUUCUACGGGAACUGGACUGUUCCGGUGUCACACUCCACUCUGUCCCCGAGGGAACGGUGGUCUUUGCCAGGGUGCCUCUGAUGGAGGUGUCUGGUCCUCUGGCUGUGGUUCAACUACUGGAGACCAGCCUGUUGUGUCUGGUCAACUACGCCAGUCUGGUAUGCAGUAACGCGGCCCGGUUCCGUCUGGCUGCUGGUUCCAGGAGGAAGCUGUUAGAGAUGGGCCUGAGGAGAGCACAGGGGCCUGACGGGGGCCUCACAGCCUCAAGAUACACAUACGUCGGAGGGUUUGAUAUGACCAGUAACGUCCAGGCUGGCUUCCUGUUUGGAAUCCCUGUGGCGGGAACCAUGGCACACUCUUAUGUCACUUCCUUUUCCUCCCUGGAGGAGGUGUGGCCUCAGACGCUAGUGGCAGCAAACGGGGAUCAUGACAACAUCGAUCUGAUCUCGCUGACCAAGGGUUGGCUGGGGCGUGUGUGUGAGCUGCUUGGGGCGGAAUCUGGGAAGAUCCAUGAGGGUGAGCUGGCAGCCUUCUUGUCCUAUGCCAUCGCAUACCCACACAACUUCCUGCCAGUCAUCGACAGCUACAGUGUCACCUGUAGUGGCCUGCUCAACUUCUGUGCCGUGGCCCUGUCUCUGUUUGAGCUGGACUACAGUCCACUGGGCGUGCGUCUAGACAGUGGAGACCUCUGCAGGCAGUCAGUAGAAGUACGCCAUGUCUUCAGACUCUGCAGUGAACAAUUCUCCAUCCCUGCCUUCCAGUCCCUUCUCAUAGUAGGCACCAAUAACAUCUCAGAGUACAGCAUGGCCGAACUCAACAAGAAGGAGAAUGAGAUUGAUGUGGUUGGUGUUGGAACACAUCUGGUCACCUGCACGAGACAGCCUUCACUCGGGUGUGUGUACAAGUUGGUGGAGGUUCGGGGCAGCCCCAGGAUGAAGUUCAGUGAGGACCCAGAGAAGAGUACUGUUCCUGGGAGGAAGGCUGUCUAUAGGAUGCUGGACACGGAGGGCCACCCAUUCUUGGAUCUGUUGUGUUUGUGUGAGGAGCCUGCACCUAAGGCAUGUGUGGCAGUGAGGUGUCAUCCUGUGGUUGGUAACAAGACCUGUCAGUCAAUCACACCUUCUCAGGUCAGCUGUCUACGCCUGGAGGUCUACACUAAAGGACAGAUCACACAGCCACUGUGCAGCACAGCUGAGACCAGGGAGAAGGUUCAGAGCUCCAUCCAGACCCUGCACCCCCGACACAAGAGACUGCAGGAGCCAGAUUCUUACAUAGUGGCCGUGUCUGAGAAGCUCCGUAACUUAAUUGCUGAGAUCAGAAAAGGCAGCAGCAACAACAGCAAUUUUCUAUUGGCCAACUGAGACACACGGGCUUCAGUCCCAAAUAGCACCCUAUUCCUUAUUUAGUGCACUUCUUUUGACCAGGGCUCUGGUCAAAUGUAAUGCACUAUGUAUGUCAAAAGUAACACACUUAAUAGUGGUAUUAGGUUGUGGUUUAGGACCUAGGGUAGAUUGUGUUACUCUCAGAUAAUAUAAAUGGUAUACUGACACAGACUGACACACGGACUGAUAGACUGAGACACAUGGACUGAUGGACUGACACAAAGACUGACACACGGACUGAUAGCCUGAGACACAUGGACUGAUGGACUGACACACGGACUGAUAGACUGAGACACAUGGACUGAUGGACUGACACACGGACUGAUAGCCUGAGACACAUGGACUGAUGGACUGACACAAAGACUGACACAUGGACUGAUAGACUGACACAAAGACUGACACACGGACUGAUAGACUGAGACACAUGGACUGAUGGACUGACACAAAGACUGACACAUGGACUGAUAGACUGACACAAAGACUGACACACGGACUGAUAGACUGACACAAAGACUGACACACGGACUGAUAGCCUGAGACACAUGGACUGAUGGACUGACACAAAGACUGACACACGGACUGAUAGACUGAGACACAUGGACUGAUGGACUGACACAAAGACUGACACACGGACUGAUAGCCUGAGACACAUGGACUGAUGGACUGACACACGGACUGAUAGCCUGAGACACAUGGACUGAUGGACUGACACACGGACUGAUAGACUGAGACACAUGGACUGAUGGACUGACACAAAGACUGACACACGGACUGAUAGACUGAGACACAUGGACUAAUGGACUGACACAAAGACUGACACAUGGACUGAUAGACUGAGACACACGGACUGAUAGACUGAGACACAUGGACUGAUGGACUGACACAAAGACUGACACACGGACUGAUAGACUGAGACACAUGGACUGAUGGACUGACACAAAGACUGACACACGGACUGAUAGACUGAGACACACGGACUGAUAGACUGACACAAAGACUGACACACGGACUGAUAGCCUGAGACACAUGGACUGAUAGACUGACACAAAGACUGACAAACGGACUGAUAGCCUGAGACACAUGGACUGAUAGACUGACACAAAGACUGACACACGGACUGAUAGACUGAGACACAUGGACUGAUAGACUGACACAAAGACUGACACACGGACUGAUAGCCUGAGACACAUGGACUGAUAGACUGACACAAAGACUGACACACGGACUGAUAGACUGAGACACAUGGACUGAUAGACUGACACAAAGACUGACACACGGACUGAUAGACUGAGACACAUGGACUGAUAGACUGACACAAAGACUGACACACGGACUAUGUCAAACCUCAACCAAAAGCAGUUCAUUUUGAAAUAAUGCUGGCAUUUUGGAAUACAGUUGACUGACAGCUAUGAGUCGUGGUGUAGUUUUCUAGUUUUAGUUUGGUACAAGAGCUUGACAUGCCUUCCUGAAAACCCAGUGAUCUGCACAAACAAGCAAUGUCUGUUAAUAUAUCAGUGUUGGAAUGGGCCUUAAUCUGGUUCUACAAUUAGAUAAAUUAACAUUGAGAAUGGUUGCAUAAAUGUCUCUACUAUGAGCAAUAUUAAUUGAUAAGCAAUUUUAAGUUUAGAAAGAUUGAAUGUCUCUUUGUAUGUCCCAGCCUUGUCUUGCUAAUUUAGUUUUUGUGCUUUUCUUUGGAUUACGUUUCCUGAACCAGGCUAUUAUUUACUGUUUGUUUUAAUUAGCAUAAACAUACACAUAGUCAAUAUCAUGAUCAAUCUGUACCUGCCUUAACACAUAGUCAAUAUCAUGGUCAAUCUGUACCUGCCUUAACACAUAGUCAAUAUCAUGGUCAAUCUGUACCUGCCUUAACACAUAGUCAAUAUCAUGGUCAAUCUGUACCUGCCUUAACACAUAGUCAAUAUCAUGGUCAAUCUGUACCUGCCUUAACACAUAGUCAAUAUCAUGAUCAAUCUGUACCUGCCUUAACACAUAGUCAAUAUCAUGGUCAAUCUGUACCUGCCUUAACACAUAGUCAAUAUCAUGGUCAAUCUGUACCUGCCUUAACACAUAGUCAAUAUCAUGAUCAAUCUGUACCUGCCUUAACACAUAAUCAAUAUCAUGAUCAAUCUGUACCUGCCUUAACACAUAGUCAAUAUCAUGGUCAAUCUGUACCUGCCUUAACACAUAGUCAAUAUCAUGGUCAAUCUGUACCUGCCUUAACACAUAGUCAAUAUCAUGAUCAAUCUGUACCUGCCUUAACACAUAGUCAAUAUCAUGGUCAAUCUGUACCUGCCUUAACACAUAGUCAAUAUCAUGGUCAAUCUGUACUGGUGACAACUGGUGACAACACCAGGCAGUAUAAGUUAACAGACCAAUAACAAAGAGCGUUUCAAACCUCUCUGCCAAUAACAGCUAGACUUCAUAUAUCCCUACAUAUCCCACCCAUUAGGCUCGUCCAAUUAGGCCCUCUACUUAGACCACUCCCAGACAGUCCUAGCCAAAUUCUAGCUUUAACACAUAGCCAUAAAACCAUACAGCAUUGAGAAUCCAGGUAGAAUUUCACCACUACGUCCUUUUCAGAUCCGUUAAAAUGGUACACUAAUUAUGUUUCUAGAAUGACAAGACUAGUAAAACUGAUGUUGUACCGUCCAACCAGGCUGCUAUCUAAUGAACUAUUGUCAAAUACACACACUAGCCUACACAGUUCAGGCAAUCUGGACAAUGUUGUUCAAACAUUGCCAUGGUGUUUGGCUGCCAAUAUUAUGUCCUCUAAUAUAAACUGAUUAGGUGUGUUGUUUUAAGUAGAAGUAUUAGUCUACUAAAUAUAGUGACACGUAUGUGAUAUCUGUGCAAAAUGUGAAUGUCUGUUUGUAUGACAACAUUAUAAUGCUAAGAUGCGUUGUUUUGUUGUUGUAGACUAACUAGAGGUCCAAGAACAGAUUGCCUGAAAAGAGACAGCCAUGAGUGAACACAACAUGUAAAGAGUUGGUCCCAUGUUUGAUGAGCUGAAAUUAAAGAUACAAGACAUUUUAAAUUUGUACAAAAAUAAUAUUUCUCUCAAUUUGUGCACAAAUUUUGAGAGAAAUAUGCUUUUUGUACAAAUUUGUUUACAUCCCUGUUAGUGAGCGUUUCUCCUUUACCUGACAGGUGUGGCUUAUCAAGAAGCUUAAACAUUAUACAGGUGCACCUUGUGCUUGGGACAAAAAAUGUAAUGUGCAGUUUUAUCACAACACAAUGCCACAGAUGUCUUAAGUUUUGAGGGAGCGUGCAAUUGGCAUGCUGACUGCAGGAAUGUCCUCCAGAGCUUUUGCCAGAGAAUUUAAUGUUAAUUUCUCUACCAUAAGCCACCUCCAACAUUGUUUUAGAGAAUUUGGCAGUAUGUCAAAUCAGUCUCACAAUCGCAGACCUCGUGUAACCACGCCAGCCCAGGACCUCCACAUCCGGCUUCUUCACCUGCACGUUCAUCUUAGACCAGCCACCCGGACAGCUGAUGAAACUGAGGAGUAUUUCUGUCUGUAAUAAAGCCCUUUUGUGGGAAAAACAAAUUCUGAUUGGUUGGGCCUGCUCCCUAGUGGGUGGGCUUGGCUCCCAAAUGGGUGGCCUAUGCCCUCCCAGGCCUACUCAAGACUGCACCCCUGCCCAGUUAUGAAAUCCAUUAAUUUGGGCAUAAUGAAUUUUUUUAAAUUGACUGAUUUCCUUAGAUAAACUGUAACUCAAUAAAAUCUUUGAAAUUGU